AUGGAGAACUCUGAAGGCCAACUCGUUGACUUGUACAUUCCUCGCAAGUGCUCUGCCACCAACCGUCUUAUUACCGCCAAAGACCACGCCUCUGUUCAACUCAACGUUGCCGAUGUCAACGCCGAGGGUCGUUUGACCGGUACCUUCGCCACCUAUGCUCUUGGUGGUUUCGUUCGUCGCAAUGCUGAAGCUGACGAUAGCAUCAACCGUCUUGCUACCGAGGAUGGCUAUCUCAAGAACGUCUUCUCCUACCAACAGUAA